UGAAUCCUCUGGGUACUACGUAACUCCUGCCAGACAAAACCGGUACAGCAUUUCCUAGCUAGCUUUCCGACGCUUCGUAAAACUGAGGUAACGCAGGCUCCGCAGCGAGUACAAAGCUGAUGCUGAGGGCGCAGUUGGCCCGGUGCAUGGUCUCCAUGGCCACGCGCGCGUGUGUGUCGCGGGACAGCACGGGAUCGGCGGCUGGCGGGCCAGUGGAGGCCGCCAUCCGCGCCAAGUUGGAGCAAGCCCUGAGCCCCGAGGUGCUGGAGCUGCGCAACGAGAGCGGCGGUCACGCCGUCCCGGCAGGCAGCGAGACGCAUUUCCGUGUGGCGGUGGUGAGCUCUCGGUUCGAGGGGCUGAACCCCCUGCAACGGCACCGGUUGGUUCACGCGGCGUUGUCGGAGGAGCUGGCUGGGCCGGUACACGCCCUGGCCAUCCAGGCGAAGACCCCCGCCCAGUGGAGGGAGAACCCACAGUUGGACACUAGCCCCCCCUGCCUAGGUGGAAGCAAGAAAACUCGAGGGACCUCCUAAUACCAGAUUGGGAGAACAACCAUCCGAAUGGGCCGAAUGAAAAUAAACCACUAAAUCACUACUA